CUCCUCCCAAUUUCUCUGAUUGUUUUGGUAUAAUAAGCAAGCUAUGGUGGAUCAAAAAACCAUUGAACCCACCUCAAAUUUGAACUUCUCUCUGAUGAAAAGAGCAACCAUGGCUGCAUUUUUGCCAAGGGCUGAUAGCCGCUACCAUGUUCGAUCCAUUAGCCUGCCUACUAGAUCACAUCCCAGUACGGUCAAGGUUGAAGAACAGCUGAACAAGCUUAAAGCUUGUGAGGCUUCGUCUUCAUCACAGGCAGAAAAAAUUUGCAGGGGUCUAUUUGGCCUUGUGGAGUUGUAUAGAUGCGUAGAGGAACUCCUAAAUUUGCCACUGACCCAACAAGCUCUAGCCCAGUACCAACAUGAGAAAUGGGUGAACGAGCUGCUAGAUGGAUCAGUAAAAUACUUGGAUAUAUGCAGCAAAGCAAGCGACACUGUGUUAUUGAUGAAAGAAAGUGUCAGGGAACUCCAAUCUGCCCUUAGGCGAAGGAAGGGAGGGGAGUUCAGCAUUGAAGGCAAUGUUGCUGGUUACACUUGCUGCAGAAAGAAGAUGAAGAAGGAGGUUGCAAAGUCCCUUUCAUCAUUGAAGCAAAUGGAAAACAAAUCCGGGACAUCGCCUAUCUUGGAUCUCGAUCAGCACCUCUCUUCAGUGGUUAGAGUUCUCAGGGAAGCAAGUCUGAUCACCACUUCCAUCUUUCAACAGCUGUUGCUGUUCCUCUCUGCGCCUGUGUUGAAACCAAAGCCUACCAAAUGGUCAUUGGUCUCAAGACUGGCGCACAAAGGAGUAAUAGUAUGUGAAGCCCAAGGGAAGAAGAUCAAUGAAUUAGAAAGUGUGGAUAUUGCAGUUUGCAACCUACUAGUGCAGAAUCCAAGCAAGGAUCCUGAGGCAGAGAAGAUUCAGUCUGCACACAAAAGAUUGGAGGCUUUGGAUAUGAGCAUUGAAGGCCUUGAAAAUGGAUUGGGGUGCUUGUUUAGGCGGUUGAUCCAAACAAGAGUCUCCCUCCUCAAUAUACUUUCUCACUAG